UCGUAGCAGGUCCGGCCGGGACUGGGGAGCUCACUGGAAGAUAGAGGAGGUCGAGCACACAAUAGACUUUCUCGUACCCUAGAAACGUCUCUAAAUUCAAACAACCAGACACUUUGCGCCACACGCUCUGUCGCUCUCAAUUUGUUCUCUCAAAGCCAGAAGCAAAGCUAAGUUAAAGCAAAAGCGGAGACUUUCCACUCGUUGAUUCCUUUGAACCAGUGAGCAAUUUCUGUGAAGCCAUGUCUCUGGUUUUGCAUGCUGGCAGCAGAAAUAAAAAUGCUUUUAAGGCACUUAUUGCUGCAGAAUACAGCAGUGUUCAAGUGGAAACAGUCAAGGACUUUGAGAUGGGUGUGUCUAACAAAACUCCCGAAUUUCUUAAAUUGAAUCCCAUAGGAAAGGUUCCUGUACUUGAAACACCUGAUGGCCCCAUAUUUGAGAGUAAUGCUAUUGCUAAAUAUGUUACUCGCUUGAAGGAUGCUAAUCCCCUUUAUGGCUCUUCUCUUAUUGAAUAUGCUCAUAUUGAGCAGUGGAUUGAUUUUGCAUCUCAUGAGGUUGAUGCCAACAUUUUGCGUUGGUUCAUUCCACGGAUUGGUUUUGCAGUAUAUCUUCCUCUGGCUGAGGAAGCUGCCAUUUCUGCCUUAAAGAGAGCAUUGGGUUCUUUAAACGUUCACCUUGCUUCCAAUACUUACCUGGUUGGACAUUCUGUUACACUGGCGGAUAUUAUUAUGACAUGCAACUUGGUUCUGGGUUUCAAUCGUAUCAUGACUAAGAGCUUUACCUCUGAGUUCCCUCAUGUAGAGAGGUACUUCUGGACCAUGGUCAAUCAGCCAAAUUUCUACAAGAUAUUGGGCGAGGUGAAGCAAGCAGAAUCUGUCCCACCUGUUCACUCAGCAAAGAAGCCAUUGCAGUCAAAAGAACCUACAAAACCUAAAGCCAAGGAUGAGCUGAAAAAAGAUUCCAAGAAAGAAGUUAAAAAGGAGUCAGAAAAGUCUACAUCAGUAGUUCGAGAGGAGGAAGAGGAGGCACCCAAGCCAAAGCCAAAGAAUCUGCUUGAUCUUUUGCCUCCUAGUAAGAUGAUAUUGGAUGAAUGGAAGAGACUAUAUUCAAACACCAAAACCAAUUUCCGUGAGGUUGCGAUAAAAGGAUUCUGGGACAUGUAUGAUCCAGACGGAUACUCCCUAUGGUUUUGUGACUACAAAUACAAUGAGGAAAAUACCGUUUCGUUUGUGACAUUGAAUAAGGUAAGUGGUUUCUUGCAGAGGAUGGACCUCGCUCGUAAGUAUGCAUUUGGCAAGAUGCUCGUGAUUGGCUCAGAGCCCCCAUUCAAAGUCAAGGGUUUAUGGCUCUUCCGAGGACCAGAGAUCCCCCAAUUUGUGAUUGACGAAUGUUAUGACAUGGAGCUAUACGAGUGGAAGAAGGUGGAUAUUAGCGAUGAAGCUCAAAAAGAGCGCGUUAAUCAGAUGAUUGAAGACCAUGAGCCUUUCGAAGGUGAGGCACUUCUUGAUGCAAAAUGCUUCAAGUAGUAGCAUAAUCACACGGAAAGAAGGUAAGAAGUUUCGGAUCAAACUUCUCUCAGUUGUAUUUUACCCCCCAAAUUUCAAGAAUAUCUUGGAUUUUUCAAAGCUUUCUUUUUGUAAUAGGGGUUUCAUCAACGUGUCUAAUUUAUACUUCUGGUCUCGUCACAGAUGUAUUAUGCUAGUUCUACAACGUUUCUAUUCAUUUAUGCGCUGUUGUUUGUUUAGGAUUAGAUGUGCUUUAGUUGCCCAGAUAUGGUUAUAAAGUUAAGACGGUCUUACUGUUUUAUGGAUUUUGGUGGAGACGCGGGACAGCAGGAGGUUGGGCUUAGAAGAGGUUCAUUUAUUCGGCUCCAACGUAUGUUAUUUCAGUUCCUAAACCCUUGUGUAAUUUGCUUAUUUUGUUGGAGAAAUGUAUGCAGAAAACGAGAACCGAUCGCAGAAAUGAUAGUGAUGUUGCUGGAUGUUUGGGUAA